AUGAACAUCGAGCUCAAGAUCAGAGGUCCCUGCUCCAUGCCAUGGAUGCUGCGUGUGAGGAUGUUGCAGGAGAUCAGUGUAGGGGAUGGUUGCCACAUGUACGCCGUUUCUUCCCUCGUUCCAUCACAAGGGCGAAAAUACGCUGUGAUGUGGACGAGAAUCUGUGGCCAGACAGACAGCAGAGUGUGGACGGCCAGCAGGGUGAGGACGCUGGCCAGGAGAGGGAGGGUGAUGGGAGGCAAGAUGCUCACGAUCUUUGAACUUGUGCAGAAGAUGGAUACCAACUUGGAGCGAACUCUCCUGCUCCUACUCUUUGCUCUGAUCCCUUCAUCUCAUGGAGCUCAAAUACCAAGUCCAGACCAACCCAAGGAGAUCCCAGUAGCUACAAAUGGACAGCUGUUUCCCUGGGACCGCAUGAGACUCCCCAAAACCAUCUCCCCACUCCACUAUGACCUGAGCCUCCACCCCAACCUCACCACCCUGGACUUCACCGGCGUCGUUCGCAUAGACCUGGACGUGCACGAAGACACCAGCGUUGUGGUUCUCCACGCAAAGAAAAUGCACAUAUCAAGCGCGCUGUUGCUCGCGCCAGCGGGCACGAGGGUCCUCCAGGUUCUGGAGUAUCCUCGCUUUCAUCAGCUCGCCUUGAUGUCUGACGUGGUGCUGACCAAAGGCAGGAAGUAUGAGGUCCAGCUGGAGUUUGCUGCAAACCUGUCUGACAGCUACCAUGGGUUCUACAAGAGCAGCUACCGCACCAGCACCGGGGAGGUCCGGGUCAUGGCAUCAACACAGUUUGAGGCGACCUUUGCUCGUGGGGCCUUUCCCUGUUUUGAUGAGCCCGCCUUCAAAGCCAACUUCACCAUCCGGAUUAUUAGAGAGCCACGCCACAUUGCCAUUUCCAACAUGCCUAAGAAGUGGUACUCGGGGGAUGAGCUGGAUGUCAGGGCCAUCAUGGACACCUGGACGCUGCAGGAGGGCUUCCCGCUGGUCACCGUGGAGGUCAAAGGGCGGGAGGUCAGGCUGAGUCAGGAGCGGUUCCUUAGGACGGACAACCCCUCCCUCACUGAAGGGUUCUUGUGGCAGAUCCCGUUGACGUAUAUGACCAGCGCCUCCCGCUCCGUCCACCGUUUCCUUCUGAAAACAAAAUCUGACGUCCUGUACCUGCCAGAGGAGGUGGACUGGGUGAAGUUCAACGUCAACAUGAGCGGCUACUACAUGGUCCACUAUGGCGGUGGGGGCUGGAACUCCAUCAUCUCCCUGCUGCAUCACAACCACACAGCCCUGAGUGGCAACGACCGGGCCAGCCUGAUCCACAACGUCUUCCAGCUGGUCAGUGUAGAGAAGGUGAGGCUGGACACGGCCCUGGAGCUGUCCCUUUACCUGUCCAGAGAGACGGAGAUCAUGGCGGUCUGGCAGGGCUUUGGGGAACUUGUACCUCUCUACAAACUGAUGGAGAAGCGAGACAUGCCUGAGCUGGAGAACCAGAUGAAGAGCUUCAUCGUGGAUCUGUUUCGGGGGCUGAUCGAUCAGCAGGAGUGGAACGACUCUGGCUCGGUGUCCCAGCGAGUGUUGAGGAGUUACCUGCUGCUUUUCGCCUGCGUCAGGAAUUACAGUCCCUGUGUGACCAAAGCCACGCGGCUUUUUAACCAGUGGAGGGAUUCUGAUGGCACCAUGAGCCUCCCUGUGGACAUCACCAUGGCCGUGUUUAUGGUUGGAGCUCGCACACGGGAGGGGUGGGACUUCCUGUAUGAGAAGUACCGCACGUCUCUGCAGAUGUCGGUGAAGAGACGCUUAAAGUGGGCCAUGGCGGUCACAACGAUGACGGACAAGCUUCAGUGGAUGAUGGAGCAGAGCCUCAACGGGGAGGUGAUGAAGACCCAGGACCUCCCAGAUGUGAUCGUCUCUGUCGCCAGGAAUCCUCAUGGCUUUAAACUGGCGUGGGACUUCCUCAGAACCCACUGGCACACGCUGAUUCAGAAGUUUGACCUGGGAUCCAGCACUAUAUCCCACUUGGUAGCCGGAGUAACCAACCAGUACUCCACCAGAGAGAUGCUUCACGAGAUACGAAGCUUCUUCGACUCCCUGACAGAAGAGGCGGGUUCUCAGAUGAGGUGCAUCCAGCAGAGCUACGAGACCAUCGAGGACAACAUCCGCUGGAUGGACAGGAACCUUCCUCUGCUGCAGGCCUGGCUGAACAAACAUGGCAGCAGAAACCACCAUCAGGAGUUAUGAGGGGGGGUUAAGGGGUCACAGAAGCCAAAACAGAAGCAGGUCGAUGAUGGAAUUUCUAUAUUUUUACUUGAUGAAAAAGGUUUUACCUGAUGUAUUUUUUUUGAACGGGAACUAAAGUAUGAAAAUUAAUUUAUGCCAAUGGAAAGGUUUAGGGGUUUUGACAAAUUUAAAAAGGAAUUAUUGCAUAAUUUAAAUACAUUUUAAGUGCAUACGAUUGUAGCUUAAUUGGAUUAAAGAUUUUAAUUUUUUGUGAUGUAUUUUAGGCACAAAUUUGGGACCUGGACACUUUUUCUAAGAUUGAUCCUGAUGUGUUUCUGUGGGUUUGUGUUAACGGUAGUUUUUGCUGUGGGGGGGUUAUGUUCAACAGCACUGACGUCUGAAUUUCUGUGAUUUUUGUUUUUAUUGCACUAUUUUUUUAAUGCUACAAAAAUUGUAAAUAAAAAAAAAGACUUUA